AUGGACUAUACAGAAACGUUUACAGAGAUUUUUUCAGGUAGAGGCUUUUCAAACUACCUAGAAUUUGAAAAAGUCAUUAACGAUUUCCAAGAGCUUACGGGAUUAAGAUUUAUUUUCAAACGUACUUUCCUCUUUCCGACUGAACAUCCUCGCCGUGCCACAUUGGUAUACAAAUCUUUGCAAUAUGUUUGCUCGGAGAGUAAGCCCAGGACCGGAACUGGUUGUGAAGCUUCUUUCACAGUGGGCUGUCGCAAUGGCUUUCUCUACGUUUCGAAGUUCCAUAUGGUUCAUAAUCAUGCAAUUAUAAAAAGAACGCUUGAAAAGCCAAAGCCUGAGCCAUAUAUCGUUAUUACUGAUUAUUCCACGCAGUUCAUGGAGAUCUUCCCAUCGCUUGUGUUUUCAUCGCUCAGUGAACUCGAAGAUAAGAUGGAGGAAUUUCAGAUUAAGACGGGAUGCAUGUACGCAAAAAGACAUACAUGUCCAUGGCCUAAAGAUGACCUAGAACACCAAUCCGUGGUCUACAGAAAAUUCGCAUACGAGUGCCUUCAUUUCGGCUAUUGCAAGGAUCGUAGUAUUUCAAAACCCGACCGCAGAUCGUCCAGAACUGGGUGCAAGUCAGUUAUAUUUGUUACCUGUCGCAACAAUCAGUUGCACAUCUCUCGUUUUGACGUGCGACAUAACCAUCCCGUCUCUGGUUCUUGUGGCUACGUCUAUCGCCGAAAUCGCCGACUUAAUCCUCAACAGCUAGCCAUAAUUAAGGAUAUGCUCAGGGAACACCAGCAUGAAUUCGCGCUAAAGGAAUACAUCCAAAGUGCAUUCCACGUAUAUUUAACAACAACGGAUGUUCGAAAUUUGAAGCGGAAGCUACAGCCAAAAAAAAAUGCUCGACGUCUCCUCGGUUUGACGCUAAAGUCCUUGGGUAGUGCAGGCUAUGCGGAAAUUUUGAGUGACGAGGAUGGCAUAGAUCGUGUGUUAUCAUUUACAGCUCCAUAUUUAGUGAAAAAUUUUCAUUUUUAUCCUGAAGUGGUUCUGAUACGUGAACUGUCGGGAGCUGCCUUUUCAGUUUACCAUUUCUCAAUCGUUGACCGUCAACUUACCAGCAAGACCGUGAUGUUUUCUUUUGUGCUGGACCAAGGUGUUUGUGGCACCUUUGCCUCUGUACUGCAGUCUUUUAAACACCUAAUGCAGUCGAGAGUGGAGGAAGUUGAGACCAUCUUCGUGGAUAUUAAUUCUAUCGAACGACAUGAAAUUCUUCAAGAACUGCCUCAGGCUCGAAUGCUCUUUUAUCAAGACAGUGUCCUUAGCUAUGUAAGGGAUCAAAUGGAUGACCUUUCAACUAUUCAUUGUGAUAAGAAGGGUCUUUUCCAGCACUUUUUUAACGCACUAAAGACUCCGGAUAGUGAGACUUAUUUAGAAUCCCUUCAGGAGAUCGCAAACGCUUCGCCAUCUUUUUGGAAUAUCAUUAACAAAAUCUGGAUCCCUUGUGUCGAGCAAUGGGCCGAACAUCAUCGUCUUGAUCAGUUAACAUUCGGGGUUGAAAAUCGCAACUCCUCCUCUUUGGAGCACUUUGAAUCAGUUCUCAAAACUGACAAUAGCCUCGAUUCCUGCGCAAAGAGAUUACUUGAACUUGCAACUCCAUCUAAACACUCCUACGAGGUCAUCUGCAAAGACGAUUUCCCCGGUCAACCUGAUGAUGUUAAUGCCAUUCUUCGCCUUUUAUCCGAACCAGUGGCUGGAGUAGUUCUUGCUCACCUCGAGACUGCGAAAAUAUCCUCAGACAUUCUUCCUGAUUUGGCGGCAAGAAAGUGUUGUUGUCCCUUCAAUCUUCAAUGGCGCUUACCCUGUCUCCAUCUCAUAAAAACUGCGAGGUCGGCCUACAUCCCCUUGCCGAGUUUGUUGAAGGGGUCUCGAUGGCUGGAACACUGGCCAAUGGAGUGUUCAGAAGUGGACGGUGUGGUCGAAACGGUUGUAGAGGAGGAUACCGAACUGGCCCUUUUAUCGCCUACCGCAAGGCUACUAAAAAUCGAUAUGCAAGUACAUGACAAUCAGGAGAUGGUAUUGUCAUCAGAUUCUGCCAAAUGUAGGCGAAGGCAGCUGCAGUUGAAGAAUCUGGAAAGGCGAUGGUUACAUGAGGACGUUGCCCUGCCCAGCACCAGUGCUGACGCACCAUCGUAG